AUGGAACCGUUUUCGGUGUCGUCUGGUGUACACAAUGGCAAAGCGGUACAUCUGGAAGGCGAGGCGCCUUCUUCUGCCGUCACGGUUCUCUGUCCCGAGUGUGACUCUGAGGUGGGCAUCCCGUUGUCCGGGGUAGAAUGGCUGACCACUGACCACUUGGCCCUGGACGAAGUGUUUCUGGAGAUGCUGAUGAGCAAGAACUCUGUGGUAUGCGACCUGUGCAGCGACGGGGACGCAGAGAAACGUUGUGAGGUUUGCUGUGUCAACCUUUGUGAGUUCUGUUGUCAAGCACACAGAAGAGGACGUCGACUCACUUCCCUCCACCCCGGUCAGGAGCUGCGUCUCUUCUGUGAGAUCUGCGACCUGCCCAUCUGCCUUGAGUGUGCCGCCACCUUCCACCGUGACCACUGCUGCCUCCCGACACGUGACGUCAUCGACCGCCAUGGGGACUGUAUCCGGGAGCUGGUUACCGGGCACCUGCGGCCACGGCUGGACCGGCUGAAGGAGUCGCUGCGGAAGGUGGACCUAUCCCAGGAGGCCUUGCAGGCCAGGAUGGAUGCAACGGCGGAUGAGGUGCGUUCCUUUGCGAGGGGCUACGCUAGUGCUGUGGAGUCACACUGCCUGUCGCUGCUACUGCGUUUAGUGGAGCUGCGUCUGCAGCGCAGGAACCAGCUCCACCUACAAAGGGCUCAGCUGCAGCAGGCCCUGUCAGACGCCCGUGGGGGGGUGGCAUUCGCAGAGCGGUUGCUGACGUGCGGGUCGGACUCGGAGAUCCUGAGCGCCAAGGGCGUGACCCUCCGCAGGCUGGGCGGCCUGGUGGAGACUGACUACGACCCCCACCCAGCAACCAUCGCCCCCGAUAACAGUAACAGUAUCUGCUUCCUGCCACGUGAGAGUGCAGGGAAGGUGGGGUGUACCCGGUGCAGAUUGGAGGCGGUGGUGGUGGAUAACAGUGAUGGCUCCUAUUCCAUCGCCUACACCCCCGUAGAGCCAGGGUCCUACUCUGUGUGGGUGUGUGUCAAGGCCCAACACGUUAAGUGGGGGUUUUAA